AUGCUCCAAACCUGUCGAGAGCUGGCCAGCUGUGCGCCGUCCAAGCAUGAGGACGUUUACAUUUUUGCAAUAGCCCCCGUCACGGGCCGUGGACUUGCCGCUAUCACCUCUGCAGAUGAACUCCUCCUUCUCAAUCGAGACGACCUGGCUGGUUCCAUCCCCGUGGGGAUUCAAGGCGUGCCCCGUGGACUCUCUUCGUUGGUGGUUGAGGACCAGGGAUCGACUAUCAUUUGUGCUGGAAACGAUGGAGCUGUGGCAGUUUUUGACAUUCGAACUCAGUCUGCCGUUGCCCACUUCAAGUCAGCCAUACCGGUCAAUUCUCUCGCCUCCAGGCUGAACGACGUGGCUCUUGGCAGCGAGGCGAUAGUAUCCAUCUGGGAUCGAAGACAAGCGAAGUUAAGAUGGCAGACCACUGAGGUCAACGAUGAGAUCACAGCGUUGGGUUUCCACCCCUCCAGGGAUAAUCUGCUUCUUAGCGGAGGUGAUGACGGUGUAGUUUGCGUGUUCGACACCCGCAUCCAAGAAGAACAAGACAGUUUGCUUCAGGCCGUCAAUCAUGGUCCAAUUCACAAGGCAGGCUUCUUGGGACCGAGAGACCUAUACGCUUUGAGUUCGGACCAGAAUCUCGCCUUGCAUUCUCUCACGGUCGAUGACGCAGAUGUUGAGCCAGAUCAGCCAGCACCAGAUCAGUUGGGGGACCUCAGACCAAUUAUCCCCUGCGAAUAUGUGAUUGACAUCCUGCAUAGCGGCAUGGAUUAUGUUGUAGCUUGUGGCUCGCACAGUAAUUCUCGUGUGGACCUGAUCCGUGUGAACCGGGGGAUGGGCCUCAAUUUUGACCAGCGAAUCGUCCUCGAAAAUGCACAUGGGGCAGAGGUUGUUCGAUCAAUAUUUGCAGACGAGACCAAUGGUACCAUUUUCACGGCAGGCGAGGAUGGACGGAUCAUGGCGUUCCGCCCACACGACAGCAGUCUACCUCCCACCCCCGCCAAAACGACGAAGUCCAAGAAGCAGCGCGCCGACAAUCCAACCAUCCGCUUGAACGCCAAAUAUGACUGGACUAACGUCCAGAUCAAGGGAAAGCACCUCGUCAUGAGACAGCGUGGUUUCAGCCAAGCAGACUUAGAUGCUUACGCGACCGUCAGCAUUGCUGGUAUCCAAAGUCGAGAGAUUGAUAUGCGCUAUGGAACCUAUCGAGCGGUGUUUAAAGUCGAAGGCUCCCAUGGCGGCGCCUGUGCGGGAUUCUUCUGGUAUCGUGAUGAUCGAUCAGAGAUUGACAUUGAACUUAUUACUAAAGGCACUUCGCUGGUGAACAACACGGUCAGCUUUACUUCGCACCCCUCUCAAGCACCAGAUGGCUCUCCGGUCCCUGGUGCGACGCUGGCGAAAUCCUUGAGCGAUCCCGAAUUCAACCCCGGAGUAUUUCGCGAAUAUCGAUUUGAUAGCCACCCGGUCCUUGGGGUCGCGUACUAUGUCGACGGCAAGCUCGUCCACAAGAAUACUCACAACGUCCCGAAAGAGGGCGGCAAUCUACAACUCAAGCUGUGGGCCGACGGGAACAAGUGGUGGAGCGGAACACCCAGCACCACAGACGUCUUUAUGACUGUUGGCAGCGUGGUUGCAUACUACAACACCACGACUUUGGACCCUGGUUGGAUACACAACUGCACAGCUGCCGGAGGCCCAAGCGAACGCACCCUCUGCACCAUCUCAUAG